AUGGCCGACAACGUUCUUACUUCCAGUGCUCAGGUCGGCGCCGAAGCUAUCAAUGUUCGCGCCGAAUUGAAAACAUGGGAGAAAGCUUUCUCAUCAGCCAAUGGGGGCCGCAAAGCCGGACGGGAUGAUAUCAAACAAAACUCCGAUAUUGCGGCUAAAUACAAGGAAUACAGUCGACUCAAGGCCCUUGAAGCAUCCCUAAGCAAGCGCGAAAAUAGUCGACAGGAGCCAUAUGAAAUCACACCCCGCAAAUCGUCUAGAGGACUCUUUGCGACUCCGUCCAACAAUCGCUCCAAGCACCACCCUGCGCAGCUCGAUCCGUAUGACUCGCCGUCGACUCUUCGCAGACUCUUUAGUCCCAGUACACACCGGCAAGGAUUGCCAGCACCAUCGCCAUUGAAGGCCGCAAUUGGUCCCACGCCUCAACGGGAUGGAAAGACAUUGGGUCUGUUCGACAUGCUAUCCGAAUCUGGUGGCAGUGGUGGAACGCCCUCCACAGCAAGGAAAACGAAUAACCUAGCCGCCUCGUUCCGAACGCCAUCCAAGAAAAGGCCCGUGAACACUAUGCCCGAGGUUCCGGAAGAAGAGCCUCAACAGGAGACGCCUAGACUUGCGCGAACUCCUGCGUCUGAGACUAAGCAGUUCUAUCUUGCAAAUCUGUUCGCAACACCGACUACGAUGCGUUAUGCCGCAAUGGUAGAAGCGGAUGAUAAUGUAGAUGCACAGAAGAUAAAUCCGCUAAACUUGGCCCCUGAAAUAUCACCCCAAGAAGCGCAAUCUGGGACGCCGUCUUUCCUCCGUCGCUCCAACCCUGGUCGCUAUCCUCCACCUAGCGCAAAGCAUGAUGGUCCAGGACUUAGUCCUAUCGUUUCGCGCAAGCCGCAAAGAUUCGCCAGCAAGGGGCUAACACAUUUGGUCCAAGGCCUGCGGGACAUGGAGGAAGAUCGCAUGGAUGACGACUGGGAUGUGAUGCGCGAGAUGGAGGAAGAGGCAGAGGCGAAAGAAGCUGCCAAGCUCCAGGUUGAGGACAGUCAAGGACCAGAUGUGAACCGGAAGUACAAGAAGAAGGGCCAGAAGCGGACGACACGAAGAGUGAUUAUGAGACCGGUCAUCCAUCAACCGAAGCCGAAAUCAACCCCAGCGCCUGCAACGGAGGAGGACUGGGAAGCCGAGGAUGAUGUCGUAGCAGUUCCUGAGACGCAGCAGCCACCUCCUGCUAGUGACGGCUGGGAUGACGUCCCGAGUGACAUUGAGCGAGCGGGCGAGGCCGCUUCCCUUCAUACCGUGUCGGAGCCCGAGCUUGAUACCGAGGCUGAAUUAGAUCCCGACUCGGACGAUGAUCCCGAGUUUGGAGAACAGCCAAAGCCUGUUGCCAGACCGAAGAGUUUCUCGGAGAGAAUCAAGGAAGCUGUUUCAUCCUCUGCCGCGAAAUCACAGGAACAAGAACCCAUGGGCAAACCUCCGAAGAAGCCUUCCGAGACUGCCGAAGCAAAGAAACCUCGUGCCCGGAAGAUCAACCCCCAAGCUCAUGCAAAUUAUCGAUCAAUAAGCAUCAACAGAGGAGGUUCCUCGCGGGGUAGAGGGCGUUUCCGCCGGAAGUAA